CACGAUCGUCGAACGGCCCCCAUGAUGGUCUAUUCCAAGAGCUCGCUCGCGUUGUUCGUGGCCGUCCAUCUUCUGGGCGUUGCGUCUGGGCGGGAGAGCUGUUCGCUGGACAGCUUCAACGCCACUCUCGGCGGUCGCAUUCAAGCAUUGAAGCCCUUCUCGGCGCCCUGUUUCUCCCAAUUCAAUGGCACGGCCGUGGCGUCGGAUCAAGCCGCCUGCCAAGUGAUCCAAAGCAACUACAGCGAUCCUUUUCUCAGGUCCAACUCCGCCAAUGGCUUCAUGUACAAUCAAGUCGAAACGUGCGCCUCGGACCCUGCCAACCAAUGUGUACUCGACAACACCAAUCCCACCAAUCCCCAGGCUCUCAAACGCGCAUGCAGACAGGGUAACGUCCCCUCUCUGUCGCUGGAGGUUCAGCAGCCGAAGGAUGUGGUCGAAGCGUUCAAGUUCUCGCGCUGUUCGGGGACUCGUCUGUCCAUCAAGAACAGCGGCCAUGACUUCCUCGGCCGCAGCAGUGGCGAAGGCACUCUUUCUCUCUGGACUCGACACCUUCAGUCCAUGCAGUACAACUCCUCGUUUACCCCGACCGGCUGCAGCGCCCGGAACGCUUCGACUUAUAAUACCAUUACGGUCGAAGCGGGUGUGAACUUCGACGAAGUCUACAACUUCGCUCACGCUCAUAACGUCACCUUCAUCGGCGGUUACUCGCCCACCGUGGGUGUCUCGGGCGGAUGGGUGCAGACCGGCGGCCAUUCGAUCCUCUCCCCCGUUUAUGGGCUGGGAAUCGACCAUGUCGUCGAGUACAAGAUCAUCACGCCUGACGGUCGCUACCGGAUUGCCAACGAGUGCCAAAACCAGGACCUUUUCUGGGCCCUGCGCGGUGGCGGCGGCGGCACAUUCGGCGUGGUCCUCGAAAGUACCCAUCGCGUCGAACCGCGCGUGAGUCUAAUCUCUGCCUACAUCAAAUUCCCUCUCAAGUCGAACUCUAGCAAUGUGCUCCCGUUCCUCGAUAUCCUGGUCAACAACACCGUCAAAUGGGCGCACGAGGGCUGGGGCGGCCACAUUAACGGCAACUCCCUGAUCAACGUGACCCCAUUGCUCUCGCUCUCCGAGGCAAAGGAGUCCCUCGCGGACGUAGUCGCAUACGCCAAAUCCCAAGGCGGAACCGCCGUGAUCGAGGAAUUUUCUUCCUGGUACGGCUUCUACUCGAAAUACGUGGUCCCGAACGCCGUGACGGUAGGCAACACGCACUUCGCCGCGACGCGACUGAUCCCACAAUCGGUCUUCGAGACGGCCCGCGGCCGCGCAGACCUCAUGAACUUCUUCUCCGUGCUACUAUCCAAAGGCGGAAGCGUAUACAUCCCCGUCGUGGGCCCCCUCCUCUACAAAGACGCCCAGUCGACGUCCGCAACGCCAGCCUGGCGCGAGGCGAUCUGGUCUCUCGGGGCGGACGGGUUCUGGGACUGGAACAGCACGCUGCACACGCGGGAGCAGAAGGUGGACGAGCUCAAGUACAUGACGGGGCUCCUUGAGGAUCUUAGUCCCGGCAGCGGGGCCUACAGCCCCGAGGCUAACCCCUUCACCGAAGAUUGGCAGGAAGCGUGGUGGGGCGCGGAGAACUACGGCAAGUUGCUGGCGCUGAAGCAGAAGUUUGACCCCGAGGGAUUGCUGCACUGCUGGAAGUGUGUUGGGUGGGAGGAGGCCGACGCGAAGAGCUCCUGCUUCGCGGCGUUCGACUAGCUGGAGUAGUCCACUUGCUAGGUAGUUGUUAGGGUGACUGCUGUAUAUUAACUGUACUAUGAUCUUUUCAGCGGUUAA